UCUAUCCCCACACUUGAUUUUUCACGCCAAUAUCUUUCAAAAUCACCCUCAAUGUCCGAAAUCAACAAGUUCAUGGAAUUUGUGGAUAGAACAUUGCUUCUUCAUGAUGUGUCAAAUAUUCAGAAGUUCCAUCUCAAGACGAAUAAACACAUUUAUACUAACUCGGUUCAUUCAUGGAUCGCAAAUCUAACAAGGCGUAAUAUCGAAGAGCUCCAUCUCUUGUUAGAUCAAGACACACCUUUUUUUAUUUCUCUGUCUCUUUUCACUUGUCAAUCAUUGAUUAAAUUGGAUCUAACUGCAAACAGUGCUACCCAUCUUCCUAGAAGUUUCUGUUUUCCAAAACUCAAGAGACUUACACUCCGUCGAAUCCAAUUUACUGAUGAUUGCUGGAAUGAGCAGCACUUUUCUAAAUGCCCUGUCAUUGAAGAGUUGAUUUUGAGUGACUCCACAUGGUUUGGUGUGAGGAAUUUCUGUAUAUCAACUCCUACACUGAAACUCUUGAAUAUUUACACAUGGGAAGCUGAUGGUUUACAAGACUGUGCUCUCAAAAUUAAUGCACCAAAUCUAGUGUCGCUUGCCUAUCUUGGCUGCGUGGCAAAGGAAUAUGUUCUUUCUAGCUUUCAAGCACUAGAAUCUGCAGAAGUUUACUUUUGUACAGAUGAUGUACAAAUUGAGCAAGAGAUAGGUAAUGUUGCAGCAGCGAGCAAGUUUACUCGAGCGCUUUCACAUGUUCAAAAUCUGGAACUACAUGCUGAAACCCUAGAGGCUCUCUCCAUCGCAAAUGACUUCGUAAAUAUCCUACCUGUGUUUCAUGAUUUGAAAUACUUGAUCCUGGUAGAAGGAAAAACCACUGAUAAAUCACUAUUUACAUUGUUCAAAGCAGUACCUAAUUUGAGGUGUCUCGUAUUUGAAGAAGCAAGUGCACUGAACUUUUCAUUUUUAUCACCCGUUUUUGUAGAAAUGGCAAAACUAGUCUUGGGCUUUAAUCUUUUUCUAUUUUUUUGUUAUUUAAUUUUAACGCAGGGCUGCAUUGACGACAAUAAAGAAGAAGAACACAGUUGGGUUAUCGGAGUUACAAAAGACAAUUUAAAGUGAACAGCCCUUCUAGCAGUAGCAUACUUAUAGCCCCCCAAGAAUUAAAAAGUUACAUUCGUUAAAGGUAGAGGUACUCUUGACCUAGUGAGAAAAUGUGCUGGACUUGAAGAAAUAGCAUCCGUUGGUGAUUCAGAAAAGGUAGAAUUAACUGGUCAUAGUAUAGAAAACUGUGUUAGUGCAUCAAGUCUGUCUAGCCCGGCUAGGAUUUCUUUACCCACCCUAAAAUAGAAGAGUUGACGACUUUGAGUCGCAAGUGAAGUGCGUUCUAACUUAGUUCAUAUGGAAAAGCCCCAAUGUGAAGUGCAUGUGCCGGCAGUAGUGACUAGGGAUGAGCACUCAGUCUUGUGACAGCCUUCCUUAUCUUCCUUGCUUCAUUCCGGAACCAAGAACACCGGAAUCAAUGGCAUCUAAUGGGGAACAUCUUUCUGAAAGGCCAAUGUUCGCUAAUAGAAUCUGUUCUUAACCAAUGACAAUACCAUACCAUGUCACUCUCUUUCUUCAUGACUGCUGGUUGCAUGUUUCAACACCUAAGGUCAGUUAACUUUGUGCGUUCUAUUGGUAAUGCGAGGCAGAUGAGACGGGUGAAACUAAUUUUGAAGAAUGCAAAAUCUUUGGAAGCAGUUAUACAAUGUGUAGGAAGAAAUGAUGAUGCGAUAAAAAAAGAAGUAUUUAUGUCUGAGUUACGAAGUCUUCCUAGAACCUCUAACGGAUGUGUGUUUGAGCUUAAAGAGUACUGAUUUUCCAAGGAAUAUCAAGCAUUAUUUGUUUUCCUUUUAGCGUUUAGUUUUGUAAUUCAGUUUUUGAUCAAAAGAUUUCAAUUACCUAUUCAGAGUACAUGACAUUAUCGUAACAUGAUUGAUUGAUCGGCA